AUGCGCCUUUUUGGCCGCGGUCUGCGCCCGCGGGGCGGUGGACGCGGUCGCGCCGGCCGGCCCCGCCGCAGACCCUCGCGGGCGACGCGCCAGCGCGACGCGCGACGCCAAGCCGCCAAGACGGGCACGAGGAACGCGGCGAUCCAGUUCGCAGCGGGCCUCAUGGAGGAGCGAGGGCUGGCCAUGCCCAGCAACGCAACGCCGCUGGCGUCAGACUCGAAGCUGGGCCCGGGGCUGCGCGCGGCGCUCGUCGCACCGACCCCCCCGCUGCUAUCGGCGCUGGGCGCGACCGACGGGGGCAGGCCCGCGGGCCACAUCAAGCAGAUGAGGGGGCGCUCGGCGCUGGCCCUGGAGGCCAGCGGGCCAUGGAACACCGGGCGGCCCGCGGUCACCAGUCGCGGGGGCUCGCGCCCGCGCGCGUCACGCAGCGGCGGCAGCAGGGCAUUCGAGAAGACGCGCGACGUCACCUGCGGCGACGUGCAGCUAGGCAACGAAACGCUGGUCCGCGGGAUCUGGAAGCGCCCGGCCAACCAACGCCAGCGGUCACAGAGAGCACAACCAGACGAAGCACCUGGCGCCGGCAGCGGCAGGCUGCGAGUCAGGCCCGCGGCUGAGAAGGCCCGCUCCGACAUCGCUGACCACCCCGCGCUCGACGCAGAAAAGCUCGCUUCUGAGGUGGGUGACAACGGCGGGCGGCUGGCCAUGGAUGACCUCCGAGAUGCCGCCGCCGACCCUGUCCGUCGGUCAGCCUGCGAAGCCCUGGGGUUGCGCCUGGACAUGGACUCGGCCAAAGCGGAGCGCGACGAGGCCGCGCCUCGUGUGCCGAAAGAUGGCAACGAGUUUGAUGCCGAGGGCGUUCUUUGCCUAUCCUCUGUGUGCUCCCCAGACGCCUGGGACCCCAGAGGCCACCAGCCGGCAGGAAUGGAGCCGUUCCAGUGGAUGGCGUGCUUCUGCGGAGGCAUCGGCAUCGGCGCCUGGUUCCCCGAGAGGAUCAAGCCCGCCUACACCAAGGGGCUGACUACCUUCAAGGACCUCUGGAUGACCAAGGUUCUCGGGCUGGAGAGGCUCGAUGAGAAGGAGAACAACAAGAACAGGAAAUAGGCAGUGUGGCCGAGGCGGCUGAGGCGGCGCAUCAUGGAUCGUCUUCCGAAAAACAUUCGCACGGAGUCGAAAAAUGCACGGGGAAUGAACGUCCGAGCGAGGGACCCUCGCGGGGCUCCACUUGGGCGCGGGGCCCGGCAGAGCACGGCCACGGCCGCCGUGCCGCUCCGUGCCCGUGCCAGCGCCUGCGGGUCCGCUUCCUGCCUCCACCGGGCGCGGCUGUCGGCAGGGCUCCCCCCAUUUUCAUCUGCGCCUGCCCGGCCCUUCCUCGAUCCCGCCCUCGUCAUAUGUCACCUCUGUUCGCUCGGUCCCCCACGUCGGAGGCUCCUGCUCCGCGGGGCUCCAACUUUUUAUCGCGGCCUGCCCUAGCCUGGCCACGGGGUCCGCCCAUGUGCCACGGCCCAGUUUUCCCAGACCCCGCCGGGGCCGCCCGCGUGCCGCUUCCGCCCGGCGCGCCGCCUCCGCCGGGCGUGCGUGGGGCACCCCGCCAGCGGCGCAGCGCCGCGCAGAGUGCCGCGGGCCCGAAUGGACGACAGCACCUGUGCAUACAUCGGGGACCCGAGUGCGCAGAUCGCCAUCAGCGCACGCCGACAGAAAAGAGCCACCGCCGCACUCUCCCGGGCCAGGACGCGUGGGCAGGAGAGCGUGCGAUUGGCAGCUCUUUGGUGCUUGCGAAAGGAGGGAUGGAAGGCAAAGCUCCUCACGACUAGAGAAUUACGGAGGCAGGCCACGCGAAUCCCACCAGUGCAGAGUGUCCAGAGUCAUCCGAUUACCAGAA